AUGGUAGGCAGGAGUAGCCAACUGGAGGAGGAAGAGACGGAAAGGCGUGACGCAAGUGCUUCCGACUCUCCAUCUCGAUAUGAAUUCGCUGUGGCGCGGGAAUUUUUUCAAGAACUUGGUAGUCCGUUCCAUGUCGUCGUUGCCUUGAAAGCAGCUGAUGAGGGAAACCUGCUGCGACCAAGGUAUAUCGACAAGGCAAUAGAAAUAGAAGAUUUUCUACAGUACAAGCUCAAGGUAGAACACGAUGGCAAAACGUACUCGUAUUCGGAUUUUUGCGGAACGCAGUGUGAAACUAGCGAUGCAGGCGAGGCAAAAGUAUUCACUGAUUGGAAAAAUUUUGCUUCUCCGGAUGUGAAAAAAGAACCGUUCAAAAUUUCAUGUGAGCAUAUUUCUUACGAUGUUUCGCGACCAACAGACGAAGGGCAAAAAACAUGUGAAAUUGACGUAUCCGUCAAUGGACGUCUUUGGUCAUCGUGUUUACUUGCGCAACAACACAUCUUCGCUUGUUACCGUAAACAAUCUGUUAAGGCAGUUUUUCAAUAUUCCCAGUCAACGUUGAACGACCCUCUUGUUCAUGUUUUCUGCACCAGCGAGGGCCUGGUUUCUGAAGAAGUCCGCAGAACUGGUAUUCUUGCUAUACCGUAUUUGGGAGUAACGUUUGUUAUAUUGUUGGCAUUCACGAUGGCGACGACACUUCGAAGGGAUCCUGUGAAGAGCAAUCCCCUUGAGUCAUUUCUGGGUGUCAUCUGCCCAAUUUUGUCUCUUGUUGCUUCAUUCGGCCAUCUAUUUUGGAUGGGAUUUGAGUUCCUCCCGAUUGUCACAGUGGUGCCGUUCCUCAUUCUCGCUAUUGGUGUUGACGACGUAUUCAUAUUUAUCCACUGCUUUCAUUUGACCAAUGAAAAACUUUCGGUUCGUAAGCGUAUCGCAGAAACAUUAGCAGAUGCUGGUCCUUCGAUCUCAAUCACUUCACUCACCAAUUUGCUCUCAUUCAGCAUCGGCAUCUUCACAUCCACGCCUGCCAUUUAUCUGUCACUGGACAUUGAGGAGGUCAUCGCGAGCAGCAGAGGAAGCGCUAUCUUUGUGUUUAGACUGUGCCCUCCUCCUACGAAGAUCGAAAGGAAUGAGAAGCCGUCGUGGAUUGUGCGCACUACGGCAAAAAUUCUGGACGCUGUUCUUGAUGCUUGGGUCGAUUUUAGUCUCUCAAUCUGGAGUAAAUUCAUAGUGGGAGGAGUGAUGUUGGCUUACUGGGCCGUGAUGAUUCAUGGUGUAAUGCAAAUCAAAGUCGGCCUGUCCUCAGAAAAGCUCUUCCUUGACGACUCACCACUUUUGGAGCUUGUUAGAAUCCAGACAAACGUAAUUUUCAAAGAAGGAGGCCAGACUUGGCUAACUCGUUCAUUCUUCAGCGACUGCCUUGCUGAAAGACCGUCUUGUCUGCAAAAGUUCGUCUUUUCCACCGGAUUCCACAAUGCUGUCACCUGGACAGAGCGCUUAAGUUUGCUAGAGCAAUGGAGAAACAUCGCCAGUGAAUAUCGCCAUCUUAAUCUCACCGUCUACGAAGAUUUCUCGAUGUACUCUGAUCAGUUGCUAUCCAUCGUUCCUGUCACGCAGCAGACGGUCUUUUUUGCUCUUGUUUGCAUGCUGAUUGUACUCACGCUUUUUACACCCUCCCCAGUCACCAUUGUGACAUCUUCCUGCUCAGUGUUGUCGAUCAAUCUUGGUGAGUUGAUGUAUGAGGCGGUUCUUGAAGGUGGACCCAACGAUCAG